GUUGGGUGUUUAAUAAAUAUUUUGCCUGUUACAAAUACUUUGUCAGAUGUUUCUAUUUAAUUUUUAUUAAGUUUCUGUUUUACUCUGUUGAUAUCAUCCGAGCAAUAUUUAGACGUAUGAGCAAAUUAGUAAAGAGGGGAAAUAAUUACUGCUAAAUAGAAAACCAGUCCAACAACAACAACAGCAAAUUUCAAAAAUGACAGAAGAAAGUGAAACAGAAUCUGGAGCUUAUUUUUCCAAUUUAGAUUUCUUCAUUCUCUCGCUCAUGGCAGGGAUGGCAGUCUACUGGUUUUUCUUCAAAAACAAACAGAAAGAACAACCAACGUUUAAAAAGCUGACAGUUGCGCCAUUAGCGCGAAGUUCCUCAUACGAUCCCAGCUUUAUCAAUAAAAUGAAGAAUUCUGGAAGGAAUGUAGUGGUGUUUUAUGGUUCCCAGACAGGGACAGCUGAGGAGUUUGCAGGUCGUCUAGCCAAGGACUGUGCUGGUUACGGUAUGAAAGGCAUGGUAGCAGAUCCUGAGGAAUGUGAAAUGGAGGAUCUGGCACGACUAACUGAAAUAGAGAACGGAAUGGUGAUAUUUUGCAUGGCAACGUAUGGUGAGGGGGACCCUACAGAUAAUGCACAGGAAUUUUACGAGUGGUUACAGACUGGAGAUGUUGAACUUCCGGGCGUUAAGUUUGCUGUAUUUGCCUUGGGAAAUAAGACAUAUGAACAUUACAAUGCUACGGGGAAAUAUGUGGACAAAAGGAUGGAAGAGCUUGGUGGUGAGAGAGUGUUUGAACUUGGCAUGGGGGAUGAUGACGGCAAUAUAGAAGAAGACUUUGUUACAUGGAGAGAGAAGUUUUGGCCUGCAGUUUGUGAAUAUUUUGGUGUAGAGGCUACAGGAGAUCAAGUUAAGUAAGUAAUGGUCCAAAGUUUGUAUGCAUUUUGGGGUAGAGGCUACUGGAGAUCAAGUCAAGUAAGUAAU